AUGUCUGAACAGUCCUGGCUUCGACAGGAGCAAAACUUACGGGCCCAGAUCAGUCACCUUGAAGCCAUGCUAAAGCGACAAUCCAUUCAUCGUCCAUCUCAGCCCACCGAAGAAGCAUACACGAAAGCGCAAGUUUCAGCUGUCCAGUCUAGCGCCCCUAUAACACGGCCCAAAACUAUCGGAGACAGUGGUCCGAUGGAGAAGGAAUCAAUCGAUAUGGUGAACAAAAACACGGCCGUAAUUAUUGCUCGAUGGGAUAUCAUUGCUGUCACAGAAAAUUGGUUGACGGAUGACAUUCUCCGCUCUGAGUUGGGCCUACCGGGCAUGUCACUUCUCAGACGCGAUCGUCUAACACGUGGGGGUGGUGUUCCACUUUACAAUCGAAGCGAUCUCCAGUGCGAUGCAGUUGAUCCUCCUGUUUCAGCCCCUGACGCAAUUUGGUGUAAACUGAAACUGUCGAAGCACGCCGGUUGUCUUGUUGGAGUGGUCUAUCGUUCUCCACCAUUCACGGAGUCAGCAAACGAUACACUUUUGCAAGCUAUGUCACAAUUCCUAUCUGCCAAAUUUAGUCAUAUUCUAAUAGCAGCUGGAUUCACCUCAGAUGAAUUGGAAGAGGCUCUCAUGUUGCUUCGGGAACGGAAAUCCAAACAGUCACGCGAAGAUGAAGGAUUAGAAUUCUUGGAAAAAGUACAACUGUCCGAAACAAAAGGAACCGCCUGCAAAUGUUUGAUUCGCAUCAACCUGGCAUGCUAUCCGUUGGCACAUGACUCUCAGGGUGAUUGCGAGGAACGAUAA